GAGUGAAACCCACAAAAACCCUAUCGAAGCUCUGUGCCUGUAAGCUGUAACCUGCGAGUGUUGGAGCUCUGAAGACGAGAGAAGUGAAACAAAUUGCAAGACCAACGCACGAAGUAAUGGCAGUUGUUGAUGAAAGCAUCAGUCUCAAAAGAAAGCAAACGGUAGCAUCAGCUCUCAGCAAGCACCUUGAUUUAAAUUAUGGAGCUUCGGUCAGUGGGGAGGACAAUAUUAAGAGCUUGUACACGAACAUUUUGAAGUCAUCUGGAAAAUGGUUGCCACAGAAAGAAAAUGAUGAGGUGAUGAAAUGGAUAGAAUUUGCAGAAAGUUUUCCUAUUGACUCACAAGCAUGCUUUGAUGCUCUCAAUAGAUUAAAUCAAGAGUUAGCUCCUAAAUCUGUAAUCUUGGGCAAUGGAUUGACACCCUCUGAGGUUGAUGUUAUAGUGUUUUCUGUAGUACAUCCUUCUGUGAUUCGGCUUUCCCAUUCUGAGAGAGAAAAGUUGACAUAUGUUAUGAGAUGGAUGGAUUAUAUCCAGAAUAAAGAAGAGUUGGUGGAUCUAUUUGAAAAGAUACUAUUAGAGAAGCCUCUGUUUGAGCCUUUGUUGCAGGGUGCAAGAGAUGCAGCUAAGGCUGAAAUAGAUUCAAAUGCUAAAAAGAUUUCACAAAACACAAAGAACACAGAAAAAUCGGAAGCAGACAAGAAUGUAAAGAAAAGUGAUGCUGGGGCAAAAGUUACAGAAAGUAAGGACGCUAAGCAAGAAAAAAAGAAACCACCUCAAACAGAACCAGCUGAGAAAGAUAAAGAAGUAAGCGUUAGUUUGCUGAAUAUACAGGUUGGCCUUAUUCGCAAAGCAUGGAAGCAUCCAUCUGCUGAUAGUUUAUUGGUCGAGGAGAUUGACGUUGGGGAGUCAAAAUUGAGGCAGGUGGUCAGUGGUCUGGCAAAGUAUUGCAGUCCAGAUGAGUUGACGAAUCGCCGGGUUGUGCUGAUAACAAAUGUGAAAUCUGGAAAGCUGCGGGACGUAAUGUCGGAAGGACUGGUACUUUGUGCUUCUAAUGAAGAUCACUCUGUUGUAGAGCCUUUGCUCCCUCCAGAAGGUGCUAAAAUUGGAGAACGCAUCUCAUUUUCAGGAAUUGAUGGUAAGCCAGAAGAUGUGCUAAAUCCAAAAAAGAAGCAAUUGGACAAAAUAACGCCGAAUCUUUUCACUGAUGACAAGGGUGUGGCCACAUAUAAGGGAAUACCAUUUAUGACAUCUGGCGGGCCGUGCACAUCAUCUAUUCCAAAGCUUUCUCAGAAUCCUCUUUGCCCAGAUUUUUCAUGACAGGACAAAGCCACGUGCAAUUCUGUUUUGCAGAUUGGCUGGCCAUUUAUGCUGUGAAUGGGCAUAUAGUUGUUCUUGUUCAUGCAUGCAAAGGCCAUAAGUGGGUAUUGCUUCUCUUAUUUAUGGGUGUUAUGGGUCUUAACUAUUAAGUGCAUUGAGGGCAGUACUUUUCCUUGGAUUUCUUAAUAAGAAUGGAUGAAUAUAGUCGUGGACGGUGUUGCCCAUCUUGUGCAAAAUUCUAUGCAGGUUAAAUAAUUCUCUUUGCAUGCUUAUCCAUGAGAGAAUUGCAGUCCGGUAAAAAUUUCUAGGAUUUUGACCAGACAGGAAAUAGACAUCGAAUUGAGUCGAAUGCAGAAGGGUCAGCGAUAUCAUCUUACAGCAAGAUUAUAUCAGAUCAUAGUUUACCUGUGAAAUUGUAGAAAAUACAAGAUACGAAUAGGAAUUUUAUGGAAUAUGAUUAUGAAUCA